CGAAGCGUUGCGCUGGGGCAAGGGAGCGGGGAGCCGCUCCCAGCGUCCGCGCUCGCUAAAACCGGUAAUGCUCCGAAAACUAUGUCUCUCUCAGUCUUUGCGUUUCUGGCUGCUGAAUAUGUCCCAGAAAAAGUGAAGAAAGCUGAAAAGAAAUUAGAAGAAAAUCCAUAUGACCUUGACGCUUGGAGCAUUCUCAUUCGAGAGGCACAGAAUCAACCUAUAGACAAAGCACGGAAGACCUAUGAACGCCUUGUUGCCCAGUUCCCCAGUUCUGGCAGAUUCUGGAAACUGUACAUUGAAGCAGAGAUAAAAGCAAAAAAUUAUGACAAAGUGGAAAAGUUAUUUCAGCGAUGCCUUAUGAAGGUUUUACACAUUGAUUUAUGGAAAUGUUACCUUUCCUAUGUACGAGAAACCAAGGGGAAGCUACCUAGUUACAAAGAAAAAAUGGCUCAGGCAUAUGAUUUUGCUCUGGAUAAGAUUGGCAUGGAAAUCAUGUCAUACCAGAUCUGGGUGGAUUACAUCAAUUUUUUGAAGGGCGUAGAAGCGGUAGGAUCUUAUGCAGAAAACCAGAGGAUAACAGCUGUCCGUAGGGUUUACCAGCGCGGUUGCGUGAAUCCAAUGAUAAACAUAGAACAGCUCUGGAGAGAUUAUAACAAAUACGAAGAGGGCAUCAAUAUUCACUUAGCUAAGAAGAUGAUCGAAGACAGGAGUAGAGAUUAUAUGAAUGCACGACGUGUAGCAAAGGAAUAUGAGACGGUGAUGAAAGGUCUGGACCGCAAUGCUCCCUCUGUCCCCCCCCAAAAUACCCCCCAAGAGGCUCAGCAGGUAGACAUGUGGAAGAAAUACAUCCAGUGGGAAAAGAGCAAUCCUCUACGUACAGAAGAUCAAACUCUCAUAACAAAAAGAGUUAUGUUUGCCUAUGAGCAAUGCCUUUUGGUACUGGGACAUCACCCAGAUAUCUGGUAUGAAGCCGCACAGUACCUCGAGCAAUCUAGUAAACUGCUAGCUGAAAAAGGGGACAUGAACAAUGCUAAACUUUUCAGUGAUGAGGCUGCUAAUAUUUAUGAAAGAGCGAUCAGCACUUUAUUAAAGAAGAAUAUGCUUCUUUAUUUUGCAUAUGCAGAUUAUGAAGAGAGUCGAAUGAAGUAUGAGAAAGUACACAGCAUAUAUAACCGACUCCUGGCUAUUGAAGACAUUGAUCCCACUCUGGUUUAUAUCCAAUACAUGAAAUUUGCAAGGCGAGCAGAAGGCAUAAAAUCUGGAAGAAUGAUAUUUAAGAAGGCAAGAGAGGAUGCCCGGACCCGCCAUCACGUCUAUGUUACAGCAGCUUUAAUGGAGUAUUAUUGUAGUAAGGAUAAGUCUGUGGCCUUUAAGAUUUUUGAGCUCGGGCUGAAAAAAUACGGGGACAUUCCAGAAUAUGUACUGGCAUAUAUCGACUACCUUUCUCACCUUAACGAGGACAAUAAUACAAGAGUUUUGUUUGAACGUGUUUUAACUUCAGGGAGCCUUCCACCUGAGAAAUCUGGGGAAAUCUGGGCUCGGUUUUUAGCUUUUGAAAGUAACAUUGGUGAUCUAGCUAGUAUACUGAAAGUUGAAAAACGGAGGUUUACGGCAUUCAAGGAAGAAUAUGAGGGUAAAGAAACAGCUCUGCUGGUAGACAGGUAUAAGUUCAUGGAUUUGUACCCUUGCUCUGCUAGUGAACUGAAGGCCCUUGGUUAUAAGGAUGUCUCCCGUGCCAAGCUGGCAGCCAUAAUUCCAGACCCUGUGGUUGCGCCUUCCAUCGUGCCUGUUCUCAAAGAUGAAGUAGACAGAAAACCUGAAUAUCCAAAACCGGACACUCAACAAAUGAUUCCAUUUCAGCCAAGACACUUAGCACCUCCAGGUUUACAUCCCGUCCCAGGUGGUGUAUUUCCUGUUCCACCAGCAGCUGUAGUUCUCAUGAAGCUCCUGCCACCUCCUGUUUGUUUUCAGGGUCCCUUUGUUCAAGUGGAUGAGCUCAUGGAGAUAUUCAGAAGAUGCAAACUGCCAGACACUGUUGACGAAGCUGUACGAAUAAUUACUGGAGGCCUACCUGAAAUAGCUGUGGAAGGCAAUGGACCUGUGGAAAAUAAUGCUAUGCUCAACAAGGCUGUUAAGAGACCACAUGAAGAUUCUGAUGACGAUGAGGAGAAAGGAUCUGUAGUUCCCCCUGUACAUGACAUUUACAGAGCACGACAGCAAAAGAGAAUCCGGUGAAACAAGUUUGGAGUUCUACUGUGAUACACAAAGACUUACAUUGAGUCCAUCAGUUUCUUAAAAGUCAAGCAUUUAAAAGGGACAGCUGCAAACAAAAAAGAAAUCUUGAAAAUGGUUUUGUUACUGUGGUGCCUCUUCUCCCAUAUGGUUCUUUAUCCGAAAACAGCCAGAACAACCUUAGAAUGUGCUCUAAGUUUUCAAAACCAAAAGUGCAAAAUGUCAAAACUGCAUUUUGUUCUUAAAGGGUAUUCACAUCCACCACUUGAAAUCUUGUGGGUUUUCAACAGUUUUAUUUUAAAAACUGGAUGGCUUAUACUGGUGAAGCAUUUUUAAUUCACAUUUUCUGGAAAACAGUUGUUCUCAGUUUGUUCAUGUAGUGUCCUGCCUUAUUGUUCGUUUUUAUUUAUGGCAGAAUGUAUGGAAUCUGUUUUGUAGUUGAAAAUGGAAAAAACCAUUCCUUUAAAAUAAAAGGAUAUCCAUAACA